AUGGGUGCAUUUUUAUCUUGUAUAAAGUUUUUAGUUAGUGAUAGCACUAACAAUGAAUCUGACGUAAAAAUUAACGUUAUUGAACCAACAACAGUUAUAAACAAUGAACCAGCACCAAGUAUUCCGAGCAAUUCUUUCAAAACUUCAUCAUCUAAAUUAUGCAAUACAUUAAAUGUCCCAAUACAAAGAAAUAAUUUGACAUUAUAA